GGGUUUUUGAAAAUUGAAUUUGGGAUGAAGAAAUGCCCUAAACAUCACCCAUGGAUCAGCGUCACCCUCACUACUUCCUAACUAAAGGCUCUCAGGUUGAAGUUAGCUCCGACGAAGACGGUUUUAACGGUGCUUGGUUCGUUGCCACCGUUAUUCACCCUCCUCCUUCCAUUUCCACCACUAAAAAGACCAAGUCCCUGAAUCAUCCUACCAAUAACAACUUGGUCUAUGUCGAAUACCAUAAUCUUGUAUCCGAGGACGGUUCUUCCAGACGCUUGAGAGAGUACGCCAACGUUUCUUACGUCAGACCUUCACCUCAUCCCGAUUCUAACGCUGCUGCUCCCCAUUUCCAACUCAACGAUCUCGUCGACGCCUUUUACCGUGACGGCUGGUGGACCGGCGUCAUCACAGCAGUCGUAGACAGCUCCAACUUCGUUGUCGCCUUCCAAAACCCUCCCGACCAAAUUCAGUUUAAUUCCUCUGAUUUACGGGUCCAUAGAAGAUGGGACGGUGGCAGAUGGGUCCAACCCGAGAUACAGAGAACAGCAGGGUUGAUGUUCACUGUAGGCAAAAAAGUGGAAGUGUGUUUUGAGGGAGAAAAUUUGCGUGAUGUUUGGUUCCCUGCAACUGUUGUAGAAAACUCGGGCAACAAUUCUUUUCUGGUUGAGUAUCAGCAGCCAGGAAUUGGUGAUGAGGCAACUGUUCAUAAAGUUACUGUAGAUUACUUACACAUCCGACCCUCACCACCUCAUCUGAGGGAUAAGAAUUUUGUUUUGCUGGAAAAGGUGGAUGCUUACUCUGAUUUUGGCUGGUGGAGUGGAGUAGUUACCAAAGAACUUGCUGGUAAUAGGUACAACGUGUUCUUUAAACACACAAAAAAGGAGAGAGAAUUUGAUUGCUCAAGAGUAAGGCCGCAUAUGGAUUGGAAGGGCGGCAAAUGGUUCACCACUUCUCAGCGUAGUAAACGAGGAAAAGGUGUUGAACUGAAAACUCCAACGAUGGAUUCUUCAAGAAAGAAGGGGAGAUUGGAAACCGAGCUUAUAGCAGAAGGAGCUAAAGAUGAUCCGGUUCCAGUGAAAACAAGAAGCCAAGAAAAUGUGGAAAAAGAUGUUACUAAAGACUUAACCGAAUGUAAUGGUAAUGGGAUGACAGUAUCAGAAGAGAAGAAACCUGAGCUGUUGAAUGUUGCAGAAGGUGAGAGAAAAGAAGCAUCUCCAUGUGUUGGGUUGGCACCAUUGACAGUGGUUGAUAAGGAGGGGAAGGAAGGGGAAGCUGAAACUGUUGCUCCGACUCCGACUCCAACUCCAACUCCAACUCCAAAAAGGAAGAGGGGCAGACCACCUAAGUUACAAGCCACAAGUCUUGAGACUCCAGUUGCAGCAGUGGCAGUUAAUGAUGAGAUUGAGAAAGAAGGUGUUGGUCCGACUGAGAUGGAAAGUGGUCAGAGGUCUGCAAGUUCAGUAACCAAACCAUUGGAGAAGCUUCCUGCAGAAGACAAUAAUGAUGUCCAAAACCCGGAAAACACAUCAAGUAACAACAAGCAGCAGCAGCUGGCAAAUGAAAAUGUUCAAGUACCACCACAGCCACAACCGCAGCCACAACUGCAGCCGCAGGAGGGGAAAAAGUAUUCAUCGAUGAAAGGGAAACGAGGAAAGCGACGGACAAUCAGUAUAAACUCUGAGUCUCCUCCAACUGAAGAUUGUAGAGAAAAAAAAGCCGAUAAGGUGAAGGAUGAUAUUUUAAAUUCCCCAACCCCAACAAGAAAUGUUGAAGCUGCCUCUCUUGGGAAAUCGGUGUCUGACGAUCAACCUCUUUCGAGGUGGUUAGUGCAGUCUCCAAGUGUUGAUGGUCAUGGGACAGAGGGAACUGGAAGCGUGGAGCAACCAAGAGAAAGGGAUAUGGAGUCGGAAAUGAUGAUAGUGACGUCCCCUGCUGCUGCUGCUUCAGGUUUAGGUUUUUGUGAUAGUUUGCCGUUUAUGAUAAGCAGUCCUACACUGUGGAAGACAAUAGAAUCGAUGGACGCGUUGCGUAAGAUUCCACAGAAACCACAUUUCCGUCCAUUAGAAGGCAUGAAGGAGAGCGGGCGGGAAGGACUGGCCAUCGGGAGCAUGGUGACCUUUUCGACGGUGGUGGACAGGACUUGUGCACUGCGGUUUGAGGACCCGAGAAGCGCGAUAGAGGAGUGCUUGGAAACGCUGGCGGAACUGGAACCUCAUGGGUUUCAGGUGGAGCUCAUCAGAGACCGCUUGACACAGCUGCUUCUCAUAAAGGACAAGCAGGAGGACCUCCAACAACAAUUAUUAUCCAAACAAAAUUUGGAGGAGGCACACAUGGAACAAAACAGACUGGAUGCAGAGAUUGAUGAAAUCGACACCGAGAUAACACAGCUGGAGGAGAGACGCAGGCAGCUGCUGUCCACCAAGGAAAAACACGACUCCCACAUGGCUCUUACCAAGGCCGCAGGGGACCGACUUCACCAACAGCUCGGGGUAGUUGGAACCGAAUUUCAUCUCCUGGCGGCUGCCCCUUUCUUCUGAUUCCAAUGUCAUUGUCAUUGUCAAUGUUGUAUCUCCCUUUCCCUCUCCUCUUCUUUUACAAUACCAUAUCAUCCUCAAACCCUUAGUCACAGUGUUGCUUACUUUUGAACUAAAUUUCAAGUUUUUCAGUUUAUGAUUGUUGCACUUGCAGAUU